UCUACGAUUAAUACAGACGGACAUACAGUAAACAUGAAACCAAUCACAAACGUACACAUUAAUAUUAUUUUUCAUGGCUCAUAAAGAAUAAUAAUUAAAUCACGAUUCGUUCAGUUUGAAAGUCAAGGUGACAUGUUAAAACGAAUGAGACAGAAUAUACUAUAACAAUAGUAUGAAAAAAGUGAAUCUUAUGUAUUUUUUUAUUUUAGACUUUGUUUUAAAUGCCUAUUUAUACCCAUUAAAAGUGGGGUAUGUAACCAAUUUUGUCGAGAAACUUAAGCCGUAUUAUUACAAAGUCGUUGGUAUCUUCAGGGAGGCUAAACCAGAAUACGAGUUCAAAGAAUUACCACCACUACCGUACGAAAUGACAAUUGCCAAGUCGCGGCGGCAGCAAAUUUCAAUGAUGCAGAUGAAUCAGUACGACAAGGACGAUUAUGUGCCAGAUGAGUAUAUGGCACUACAAAAAAUGAAAAAGAAGCAACCCGACUUUUUGGAGCAAGAAUUCGCGCCGUACUGGCCUGCCGGGGACUACGUUUACAACAGAACGGUCUCUGACAGAAUGGUUCCCACCACCCCGUCCCUCGCUACGGACGAUUACAAACACCCGACUUUUACGCCCGUCACUGUGAAUCCAGAUUGCAACCAGGACUGUAUGAGAAUAUAUGACGAAGCUGGUCACAUAUGUGGCCAAAGGUGGGUGGAGAAGCGGAAGAAAACGGAAACGUACCACUUAUUCGGAAUCAGCUGGCUGUCGCUGUCGUGGCUGGUCGGCUGGUGGUUCAGCGACCGGGACAGACAGGAUAUCUUGGAGUUUCGCGACUUCGACUCUCUGUGCGAUCUCGAGUUUGAGAAUUGCAGGAAUAUUACUCAUACGUGGUUCCCAACCCACUUCGGAUAUUGCCCACACGGGUUCAAAGAGCAACAAGUGACGCCAUCUUACCUCGUGGCGAACAAGAUAACGUACGACACAAACUUCACCACAGAAAUAUGGAUGUUGGGACGCCCUUGAAACACUUUUGAAGUGAAAACUUCUUUAGCGGCGUUGUGCACUUUUUGUGAUGGGUGAAAAAUGUUAUACUCGCGUCAGGACACGUGACCCUGAUCGAAAAUUCGUAAGACGUUGUGGCGACAUCUACCACGCCACAUGCACAACGCCGCAGAUGUAAAAAGCGGACCAAACGCAACGAAUAACAAGCCACACAAGUGAUCCACGACUCUACGGACAGAUGGCACUACGGUCGACUCACUACCAGAAGAUAACAAGCCUAGACCGCGCAGACAGUGCGUUUUCGAUUGGAAGUAUAUAUACAACCUACGACACGACACCGUCUGUCGCGUGCGGAGAUCUUCCCUGCGCUGGCGGCUCCCGCUACAACGUCAAAAAUGCACAACGUUAAGAUUAAAGUUUUCACUUCUGCCGGCGCUUCCGGAGUGUAACCCAGUUUUAAUGUCUCAUAAACACCCUGUUACAUGGUUACAACGUUAUGCAUGAUUUAGCACGGUUCCUCUCCGUCUCUCAUCUUUACGUGUUCUCGAUUACUUUGGGAGCUGUGACGCCCCAAAGCCCAGGAUAAAAAAGACGUAAAAAAACAUGAAAUUUUGAAGAUUUUGGUUAUGAUUUUACAACCGGCCGCCUGUCCGAUGUCCUUUGUGAUUGCCAUUAUUGCCUAUCUCUGUGUCCCUUAGUCGCCUCAUACGACAUCCAUGGAAGGAUAUGGAGUGGUCCUAUUCUAGGGCGGGACCACACGCCUAAGAUUUAAAACUAUUAAGCACGAACCCUUUUUAUUUAAUGUAGCUGACCUUUUGACGCGUUUAUACUCGCCGUGGUCGCAGCCAGAUAGUAUUUGCGAUUUCGUGCUAAGUAUGUAUGUAAGAAUUCUCAUAUUUUCCACGCUGUAUUGAAAUUUAAAUUAAUUUUAUUGUCAAAAUUCAAUAACCGAUAUGGCAUGUAAGUCAAAAAUAAAAA